GUGGCCGGGCCGGCGGCGCCGUGACCCGCGGGCGGGCAGCGCCGCUCCGGCCGCGCCAUGACGGGCAAGUCCGUGCGCGACGUUGACCGGUACCAGGCCGUGCUGGCCGGGCUGCUGGUGGAGGAGGAGAACAAGUUCUGCGCCGACUGCCAAGCUAAAGGGCCAAGGUGGGCAUCCUGGAACAUUGGUGUGUUCAUCUGCAUCCGUUGUGCUGGGAUCCACAGGAACCUGGGAGUUCACAUAUCCAGGGUGAAGUCUGUCAAUCUGGACCAGUGGACACAAGAGCAGAUCCAGUGCAUGCAGGAGAUGGGAAAUGGCAAAGCAAAUCGUCUGUAUGAAGCCUACCUGCCAGAGAACUUCAGGAGACCUCAGACAGAUCAAGCUGUGGAGAGCUUCAUCCGGGAUAAAUACGAGAAGAAGAAGUACAUGGACCGAAGUAUUGACAUCAGUGCAUUCAGGAAAGAAAAGGACGACAAAUGGAAGAGGAGUCACGAGCCAGUGUCAGAAAGGAAACUGGAACCUGUCAUCUUUGAGAAGGUAAAAAUGCCUCAGAAGAAAGAAGAAACACAGCAGUCUAGAAAAAGCUCUCCUAAAUCAGCUGAACCAGUGAUGGAUUUGCUGGGCCUUGCUUUCUCUCUCCCAGAUGCUCCUUUGGCCACCACAGUUACCAAUGGCAGGCCCAGCAGCCUGGAGAAGGAUCUUGACCUGUUUGCAUCGGUGGGAUCAAGCUCUGACUCCAGGAAGGUCACAGGCUCUAUGCCAACAUCUGGAAGUGCUGGUUCUGUUCCUGAAAACCUCAAUCUCUUCCCUGAGCCAGGAGGCAAAGGGGAGGAAGUGGGGAAGAAGCAGCUCUCUAAAGACUCUAUCCUCUCCUUGUAUGGCUCUCAGACACCUCAGCUGCCUGCACAAGGAGCGAUGUUCAUGGCCCCCGCUCCGCUGGCCUAUCCCGCAGCCCCGUACGGCGCCUUCCCAGGAGUGGCCCCCUCCAGCAGCAUGCUGGGGGGUGUGCUGGGACCCUCAGUGGGGCUGGUGGCCCAGCCUGGCACAGGAGGAGUUGUGGCCCCCAUGGCCAUCCCAGCUGGCUACGUGGGCAACGUGCAGACGGCCGUGCUGGGGGUGCCCAGCGGGCUGCUGGCGGCGCAGCAGCCGGGGUACGUGGCCGGGAUGGCAGCGGUGCCCCAGCCUGUCUACGGGGUGCAGCCGGCACAGCAGCUGCAGUGGAACAUUGCUCAGAUGACCCAGCAGAUGGCUGGGAUGAACUUCUAUGGAGCUAAUGGCAUGAUGGGCUAUGGACAGUCAAUGGGUGGAGGAGGUGCCCAGGGAAGCAAUCAGUCCCUGAGCACUCAGCUGUGGAAAUGAACCCUUUGCAUUGUGACCAUUUUUGCCUUCUGUUCUGUUCUUCAAAACUGCUCCAUGAGACAUUCAGGGUUUUUUCUUUCUGGCUGCCUGGCCUGAACCUCUUUCCAUAACUGAGACCCAUCUCUUGCCUUUCUCACUGUCAGACACGGUGAAACCUCAGUGAUCAGAACAUGAGCUCCCCUGUAUUUUAGCACAGUCAAUGCACACACUUCUGGGGUGGAUCCCCCUCCCCUCCUUGCACAAACCUCCACUGAUGCUUCUGGGUAGCACUUAAAUGUCCCACUGGGCGUGUUGGAGGGGUCACAGGCCCCAGGGCAGUGCCUGGAAGGUCAGGCCUCCCAGGAGCCACUGGAACUCUGCUGUUAGGUGGGGGUUUUGCUUAGCAGGGGGGUACAAACCUCAUCUGGUGCUGAGGAACUGGAUUUGAACCUGAGCCCAGGGGCAAGCAAGCCUUGCUACCUCUUCCCUUGAGUGGAGUUCUCCAGAGCUGAGGCCUCGCUGUGCUUGGCUCACUGACCCUCAUUGGAACCAAAGGCAUUGGGAAGACCCUUCUCCUCCUCUCUCUGUCUCUCCCUUUCUCUCCCUCCCCCCAUGAGCAAGCAGGAUUCUCGCCCAGUGUGGGGGAAGCAGUUUGGAAUGUGAAACUCGCACCUGAGAGUGGCUUCUUCUGUCUAACCUGUGGUAUUGAUGUCUUUCACUUUUACCAGUCUGAGUUAACUUAUGGAGGCCUGAGAGCCCCCUGCAGGGUUUCUUACACUUUCAAAAGCCCUGUGACAUCCUAAUUUAUACCUUUUCCAUGGUUGGUUCUUCUGUUGUCCCCCUGUAAGUGUCCCAACUGGCUUUUGACGUUUUUAGGCAUAAGAAGUGUGGGGUGGGUCAGAUUCCUUUUCUCAUCUUCAGUAGAACACAACUGCUUCAAGUCAUCAGCCUGAGCAAGGAGGCAGAGUGCUGGGCUCUGCUCUGCUGUGGAUAUGGCAACUCCCAAAUAAAACAUUGCAGUGAAACCUCA